AUGGAACAUACGCCAAUUCCCUCUGAUUGGUCGCCGUAUUUUAAACGGUUAUUUUUGGUGUUUCAUGAAAUAAACAAGCAUGCCACUUUCUUUGCUUCCCAUUCACGUAGUAUCAUUCCUUCAGUGCAAUUAUUCCAGAAAUUGAACAAGACGAUAACAACUACAGAUUUAGCAACCAUUAAGUUCUUGUUUCCAGAAGAUGAAAUCUUUUUCGAUUACGUGGAUGAAAACCAAAUUAUGGUUUCAUUUGUGGAGGAGGUGAAAUUUGGCAAAAAAGGAUAUGACCAAACACCUGUGGCCGACAAGUUUGAGGAUGAUAACCAGCAGCAAUCGAAACAGAUCCUCAUCUUUGAUUUUCAGGACGUGAAAAUACACGGAAUAGGGAAAAUGGUAAAAGGUAGAAAGAGAAUGAAAGUGGAUACCAAGCCAAAGGAAUUCGAGACUUCUACCAGACAGGGCUUCUUCCUCAAUAGCACUAAUUGUGCCUUGAAGCCAUUAGAUAGAGAUAACUUAACUAAAAUAAUUCAAGGGAGAGAUAGUCGAUUUAAGCAAUUAAUCUUAAAUUUUAUUAAGGAUUUCGAUGAUAUAGAACGAGCUGAGGAAGUUUUGUCAAAGGGUGCCUUGAAGUUGAUUCCGGAGAAACCAGUUUUAGACGAUUUAGUGAAGGUGCUAGAAGGUAGGGAAGACGUUGUUGCUCAAGACAAUACCUCCUACACAGCUGAUGAAAUGAUUGAAACGUUGAAGAAAUCCAGAGCAUACGCUGACCAGAUAGUGUCGGUUCAUAAGUUAAAUGGCACCCAACCACCACAAUUUCAAGCGUUAUCAAGUGCCAUAUCUAACAGUCUUCACCUGGAACUAAGAGAUGCAUUGUUAGCGGCAAAGGAGAUCUCCAUAGAUGGUGGCCUUUACACCCACCAAGCGCAAGCAUUAGAGUCGCUCUUGGAUGACUCUAGCGAUGCACAUCUAAUAGUUAGCACUCUGACGGCAUCAGGAAAAUCGCUUAUAUACCAACUACCAGUACUCAAUUCUAUUUUGUGGGAUAUAACUAAUGGUUUGAAAGGAAGACAUACAACGGCAUUAUUUAUUUUUCCAACCAAAGCUCUAGCCCAAGAUCAAAUUAAACAAUUUCAGUUAUUUUUAAACCGUCUACCGAGCAACUCUCGACGGCCUAUAGUUAUCAACACUUAUGAUGGCGAUACGCCUUUUACUGAAAGAGUCAAAAUACAGCAUGAAUCGGACAUACUUUUCACAAACCCUGACACUAUUCAUGCCUCGAUUCUACCUAAUAGUAACUUUCAAUCUUGGCGAGAAUUCAUAAAAGGGCUCAAAUACGUUGUUGUUGAUGAGCUACAUAUCUAUAAGGGAACCUUUGGUAUAAAUGUGGGCUAUGUUAUGGCACGUCUUUCAAGGAUCAAAGAUAGAAUUUGCCCAGAUGAACGGGGUCUUCGAUUUGUAUCUUGUUCCGCAACUAUAAAUAAUCCUGUUCAACACUUUAAAACAAUUUGCGCAAUACCAGAGGAACUGGAAGUCAUACAUGUAUAUAACGAUGGAAGUGCCAGGUGUGAGAAAAAAAUGCUUGUGUGGAAUCCACCGGUGUUAAUGAAUAACCGUGGUGAAAGGGGCCCCAUGGACUCCAAUAGCCAAUUGAUAACAAGGGUGAGUCCUAUUUUUGAACUGGCCAGACUUUUACUUACUCUCUUGACUGAGAUGCCAAGUCUCAAGAUCAUUGUAUUUUGCCCUAUCCGGGUGGUUUCAGAAAUGAUGAUGAGGGAAGUCCGAUCACUUUUACAAAAGUCGCCUUAUUCCAAACUGGGACUAACCCAGAGCGAUAUAAUGUCGUAUCGUGGCGGAUAUAGUAAAUCUGACCGACGUAUUAUCGAAAAGAAGAUGUUUGAUGGGCAACUACGUGCUAUAAUUGCUACAAAUGCAUUGGAGUUGGGUAUAGACUUGUCCGACUUGGAUGUUGUCAUCACUUGUGGGUUCCCCAUGCUGAAACUGAAUUUGCAUCAACAAUUUGGUAGAGCAGGUAGAGGAAAAGGAGUGAGGGGAAGUUUGGUUGUGUUUGUGCCAAGUAGGUCUCCUGUAGAUCAGUACUACAUCGAACACGCUGAUGAGUUGGUAAUCAAUACCUAUGAAGAUUUGUGUGUGGAUAGCUUGCGCGACAUGGAACACGGACUGUUGAUUCUAGAAAGGCACUUGCAGUGCGCUGCUUACGAGGAUGCAAUUGAUGUGAAUAGCGACUACAAGUGGUUCACCAAGGGCCGUAGCUUCAAAGCAUUUGAAAAGAUUUUGACAGCACAUUUAGUGCAAGAUAUUGGUGACAGGUUUAUUCCAAGUUCCAAUUAUAUGCCCAAGCCAUCAAAGUUGGUCUCUAUUCGUGCCGUUGAAGAUGACAGCGUAGCUGUGGUUGAUAUAACCAAUAAUAGAAAUAUCGUCAUUGAGGAGGUCGAGCUUCUGCGAACCACAUUCACCAUUUACGAGGGAGGUAUUUUCCUACACCAAGGGCAGCCGUAUCUAGUUAAGGAAUUUAAUCACGAUCAAAGGUAUGCUAAGGUUGAAAGGGUCAAUGUUGACUGGACGACAUCACAAAGAGACUACACAGAUGUAGACCCGGAGGAGGUAGAGUUGGUCAAACCGUUGGUUCCAGAAGGAAAUGCGGUAGAUAUACCGGCGUUUUUUGGGCUUAUCAAGAUUACAAUGUUGGUAUUUGGCUUUUUCAAGGUCAAUAGGAAAGAGGAAAUUCUUGAGGUGGUUGAAGUCAACAAUCCCCCGGUCAUUGCAUAUGGCAAAGGUUGUUGGCUAAAUGUUCCUAAAGCUGCUCUUGAUAUUAUCAAAGCAAAACAACUUUCAGCAGCUGGUGGUAUCCACGCUGCUGCACAUGGAAUCAUGAAUAUGCUUCCCAUAUUCGUCAACUACUCUCAAGCUAAUGCUAAUUUGGGCGAUUUUGAAUUGGCAACCGAAUGUAAAGCUCCGACAAAAGAGUUUAAAUCUACGAAAUCAGAACGCAAAAGACCAGCUAGAUUAGUAUUUUACGAUACAAAGGGAGGCAAGAGCGGUUCAGGAUACUCUUACAAAAUAUUUGAGUGUAUUGAUGAAUUGAUAAAUUCUACAUUUCACAGAAUAAUAAAGUGUGAUUGUCAAUGGGGCUGUCCUUUAUGCAUUGUCAGCAAUGCAUGCCGUGAGCAAAUGCGUGUAAUGUCUCGCCCGGCAUCAUUAAUCAUACUAGGAUCAUUCCUAGGAUUGGAUUUGGAAAAAUUGGCUGACACGUUACCAAAUGGUCCAGAGCCAGACAUGCCACCAAUCUUGCAUGAAACUAUAGUCAACAGUAUGUCCAGUGUAAGGUUCUCGCCCAAUGUGAGAAUAUUGAAUAUAGCCACAGAAUAA